ACAGAUAUUUCCGGAUUGACAGACACUGACAUAUGCCCUCGACCAGCCAAUUUUUUUUUUUUAUUUUCCCCGAGACGUGUCAUAUUCUGGGUCAGGGCUGGAUAAAAUAUUGUCAGCUGCCUCACGGUAGUGAGGAUGUCAAAGAACAGAGAGGGAGAGCUAGACAGUAAAAUUAAAAGCCUCAUCAAAGCUACCGAAAACCAGCAAUCCUGUCCGAAAGAAACAACAGAAAACAUUCAAGUUCAUGUGGGAAAAAAGAAUAAAAAAUCUUCAAAAGAAUCAAUUGAAAACAUUCAAACUCAUGUGGAUAAUGAGAUUAGAAAAUCCCGGCGGAAGAAUCCGCCCAGACGGAUAGUGGUUAAGGAGGUGGAUAACCACUGUGAUUUGUGUGGAGAAGACUUCAGUAACAGCAACACUUAUCUCCUCCACCUAAAGAAAUGUGGUGAUAACUGCUCGCUUACUGUUAAUGAGUCAAACAGCAAAAGACGAACCAGGGAAGACUCGUUGAGCGAAGAUGGCGAAGGGACAGCAAUUCCAGUCAGAAAAUGCGGGGGAAAGGUGUCAUGUGACCACUGUUAUGAAAAAGUCUGGCAUAGUGAGCUGAAGGAACACAUACAGGAAGUUCACGGAAUCUCCGACAUGUACACCUGUUGCCACUGUUCUGCGGUGUUUGACUCACGGCGGUUGUAUUCCUCUCACAUGCGAUAUGAGCACGAUGACAAAAAGGCCUUUAAAUGCUCAUUCUGUAACAAUGCGUACGAGCUGUACGAAUCACUGAAGAGACACAACCGCAUCCACAACAAAGAGCUUGCACUUACAUGUGAUGAAUGUGGCAAAUCGUUUGCAGAGAAAAUCACUCUGAAAAGACACAAAACUAUUCACACAGGAGAGAAGCCAUUCUGUUGUAAGGUUUGUGGCAUGGCAUUCCGUGACCCCAGCACCAUGAGAAAACAUGUGAAGCGUCACAGCUCCGAGCGGCCAUUUUCCUGUGAGACUUGCGGGAAGAUGUUUGCCAGUACGUAUGACAUGAGGAAACAUGCCAGGAUUCACCUCAAUGAUGAAGAGAGGCCAUACAAGUGUGAGGUAUGCGGUAAAGCCUUCUAUUUGAUAGCAGCCAUGAAGACCCACAUGCGGACCCACACUGGGGAGAGAAUCUUUAAGUGUGACGUCUGUGGUCGGGCUUUCUGUGACUCGCGGAACCUGUGGGCCCACAAGAAGAUUCACACAGAUGAGCGGGACCACAGGUGCGAUGAGUGCGGGGUUGCCUUCAGGUGGAGCUGUAACCUAGUCCGCCACAUGAAGACAGUUCAUGACGGCAGGAAGGAGUUUAUCUGUAGCCAGUGUGGGAAAGGGUUCGGACAGAAGGGAGCACUGACUGUGCAUCUCCGAAUUCACAGUGGAGAGCGGCCAUUUUCUUGCGAAGAAUGCGGGAAAAGUUUUACGGACAAAAGCUCUCUGUACCAUCAUCUGGAGACUCAUCAGAAAGUUAAGCCCUUUCCUUGCGAGGUAUGUGGAAGGAGAUUCGGCAGGGGCUAUGUGCUGAAGCGCCACAUGAACCGCCACGUUAGAAAGAUGGUUAGUCGUGUUAUGAACUCCAAUGAAAAUCACACUGAAAUAUUGAUCCAAGACUCGGAGCCUGACCUUAACUUACUGGCAGGGGCCGAGGAAAUGAGUGAUGUGAAUGACGAUGAAGAAAACGAUGAAUAUGAUGAAUAUGUAGGAGACGAGGAAGACCAGGCACAAAAUAAUUCGUCUUCAGCGGAAAACAGUUUGAAUGAAUCCGAAAGUUCAGUUGAGGCCAUGACCAGCCAGUGAGUUUUAUAGGGACAACAGCUGAUAGUCUCUACAUCAUGCUAGAAAAACUUACUUAGUAAUUCAUGAUUAAAGUCAUGGAUGAUAUUCUUUGAAAUAAGAUCAGGCAAUCAAAAAUUAAACUGUAUCUUUGUCCAUCUUGUAUGACAUCUUAUAUUAGUGCUGUGGAUAGACCUGUUAUAUGGCACAUCUUGCAGUUAAUGCUGUUGAUAGUGUUAUUUUACCCUCAAAUACAGUGCAAUAGUU